AUGCUCUUCCUCGACGACGCCAGGAUGAAGAACUUUACGUCGGCGUAUAAAGACGUCGACUUCUUGAACUUCUUCUACAAGCACCUGCGCGAAAACGAGACGGGCCGAUUUGAGGAGCACUUCCCCUACCUGAGCCGCUGUGGACGCGAGAGGAAUUUGUUGAGAUGUGACGAUCGGCCGAUCGUCUUCACGAAAAUCCUCGACGACGGCAAAUUCUGGAGGCUGGGCGAGUCGACGAUAAAAGUGGAAAUUGCGCCCUCGCGCUUCUUCAUGCUGCCGAAUGGCCGUCUCUACCACCCAGCCCCGUUCGGCCGAUACGGCUUGGUGAAGUCGGCCGUCGCUGAUCUGAUCUUCCCGAAUUUUGAGUUCGAUUCUGAUGGUUUUCCGCGCGCUUCGCGUUGCCCUACUCUUCCGCGCGGUGUCUCCUCUUCUCACAAUCGCUAUUCGUAUUUG